AACGUGACAGCCAACAUACAGUUGGGAUAUCCUACACACUGAAGUUACACUGAUCACUGAUAGAUUUCUAGCCGUGGUUUACGAAUAGGGAUGUUUGAUUAGACCAGUUGAGCAGCCAGAGAACAGUCCUGUACUCUAGCGUCAUUAAUCCACGUGUCACUGGAUGUGAAAGCGUAAUCGCCAUAUAGGAGAGUCAAAGGACGCGAUGGCAGGGACAGAGCGCACCAGCUCAACCAUGGUACACGUCUGUCUGUUUUUCUCCAGUGAUGGUGUUGAAUGGGCAGAGUUUCUGGCCAAUAUUUUGAGACAAAAACAGCUGGAUCUGCAAGUUGCUACAUUCGACGUAAACGCACAAGAUACAGGAACCGUCCACCAGAAGGCGCUUUUGAAAGUCCUACUUGUCACCCCCGAAUUCCUGCAUCAUUUUAACCCCCCAGAGCCCGCGUGGCUCCCAAACCCCAGUGACAGUACAUCCAAUGUGAUGGUAUUACUGUGUGCCGUAGAGGCGUCUCGACUGUCGAGGUAUACACGAUAUUCAGACUGGAAAAUAUUAACUGUAGAAAAUUCAGACUUUGCCGUGAAGAAACUUAUAAAAAGCAUCGCAAAAACAGUAGAUGAAUGCGAGCAAAGAAGUCCAAUGCCAAUCAAACCCAAACCGCCUUUGCCAGCACCCCGGAGGCGCAUAUCACAGACUCAGCCAUGCCAUCCGGAUCCGACAACUUCCGGGAAUAUACCCAUUCCCGUCCGCUCCAAGAUACCGAUACAACGAGUGCUGCCUGAGAAGCAUGUGCCAGGUGAGAAAUUGACGGUGAUCUUCAACGAUCCCCCUGGUGGCGAGGAGAAGAUUGAGAUGGAUAUCAACGGACAGAGGAUAACUCCUAAAGUGCUGAAUCCGUACACGUACGAGCUGAAACUGCCAGAUGGAUUGUUCGGCAAGGUACAGAUGUAUAUAUACCAAGGCAGCGAGCGAUUGAACUCUUACCAACUGUCCUUCGAGCCUCCGGAUUUGACCGUAUUUACUUACAAAGGGAUGCUAACACAGACACUAAGAAUUCCCAACGACGAUAAUGAAGCUUUGGACCAAAAGCUGGUCGAAACACUGAACACAAGUUUGCCUGCAGGAAACCUAGAAACUCUAUUCCCAGGCUCUCUGGCUGACACACAUAAAUCAGAUAAAAGUGACAAGCAUCAACCGACUGUGUUGCACUUCGCUGCUUACAAUGGUUUGCGGGAGCUGUGUUGUCGUCUGCUAGAGAUACCAGGAGCGCUUCUGGCUUACCAGACAGAGAACUGUGACGGUCAUGACCCCGCCGAACUGGCAGACGAAGCAGGACACACGGAACUUGCCGAUUAUUUACGAAACUAUGUGGAAACUCAGGUAACAGUGAAGAUGGUUGAUAACAUCUACGAGGCGAUGAACGGCCAUUCCUUGGUGUACGCCAACACACGACCUCGGGAAAGCAGCAUGGCAACAGGUCCUGCAGACAUAUACAGUUAUCUCCCCAUGGACCGCCAACCCCAAUACCCAGUGGAGUUCGAGGAAGAGACUGACGAUAUUGACGAGAAGUUGUAUAUGAAGGGUCAUGCCACGGAGUUAGUCCCCGAGAGGUUCCCACCAAAAAGUCUACCUAGAUCUAAUUCCGAAAAAUUUAAGCAAAAGCCUCCUUCCUUCAAAGCGAAUCCACUUCCGAAGUCCUCAACCAUACCGCGGGGAUUUUGUUUUGGCAAUGAGAAACCUUCUCCAGGUACGGUGGGCUCUCGAAGUCAGGAGGAACUUAAGAUGAUUCAGAUCAUGGUGGCCGAAGGAAAGUUUUCAAUGGAAGAUUCGCAGAAGUUGUUUGAUGCCUGGAAAUUAAGAUAUGAUACCCCAUCGUCUUCAUUCAAAGAGCGACAGAAAGCGCUGAAUGACUUGAGAACAACUUUCCGAACUACAUUAGAAACUGCAGAAUAUUCCAAAGGAAAGAGUUAUUGGGGAAACGUCUUGAAUCGUGUUCAGUUAUCAAGAAAAAAGAAAAGCAACACCGUGGAAAAUACUGCAGACCAGGACCCUGUUCGAUAUGUUCCAUGUAUUUCGAUCAGCUCUCCCCUUUACGAACAGGUCGACGAGGAGCUCCGCCACGAUAUCUAUUCCCAAGCCUUCCAGGAUAGGUCUAGUAACGGUAGUGCCUACAGUUCAGCGAGCGGCGGGUCACGUGGGAGCAGAACAAGUACGGGCAGUUCCGGGGUCGGCAGCUUUAUCGAGGAGGAGAGCACCUAUAGUAUGGCAGAUUUCAGUCGAGGUAGACAACAGCAGAAAUCCCGAAGAGAGAAAGUCGUCCAAGAUACGUCUAGCCUGAUGAUGCAUCCAGCACCGAGUAUACCCCGCGCAGACAGGCCUAAACUACGGCGGCCUAUGCCUCCGCCACCUCCCCGUCACUGAGGCUACCUUCCUUUGCUAAGGUCACUUUCCAGUGACAGAGGCUUGACUGUGGCCACCUUCCCGUGACUGAGGAAACUGUCCAGUGACUAAGCCCAGCUUCUUCUGACUGAGGCCACCUCCUUGUGAAUGAGGCCACCUCCUUGUGAAUGAGGCCACCUCCUUGUGAAUGAGGCCACCUCUUGUGAAUGAGGCCACCUCCUUGUGAAUGAGGCCACCUCCUUGUGAAUGAGGCCACCUCCCGGUGACUAGGGCAGACUUUUAGUGUAUAAAUAAAUAUUGUGUAAUAUUAGUCUGAAUUAGUGUGAAUUUAGGGAAUAUGUUAACGUAGAGGUGCGUGCAUGUAAGGACUGUGUUAAAUUAGGGAGUAUGUGAAUGUAAGCAUUGUAGGAAUAUAGGGGGUGUGCGAAUGUAGGGACUCUGGGAACGUAGGAAAUGUGUGAUUGUAAGGGCUGUGUAAAAUUAAGCGUGUGGGAAUGUAAGGACUAUGUGAAAGUAGGGUGUGUGCGAAUGUAAGGACCGUGUAAAAACAAGGAGUGUAUAAAUGAAAGGGCUGUGUGAGGUUAGGCGUGUGGUAAUGUAAGGACUAUGUGAAAGUAGGGAGUUUGCGAAUGUAAGGACCGUGUAAAAGUAGGGAGUGUGCGAAUGUAAGUACGGUAUGAAAGUAGGGGGUGUGCGAAUGUAAGGGCUGUGUGAAAGAAGGAAGUGUGCGAAUGUAAGGACUGUGUGAAAGUAGGGAGUUUGCGAAUGUAAGGACCGUGUAAAAGUAGGGAGUGUGCGAAUGUAAGUACGGUAUGAAAGUAGGGGGUGUGCGAAUGUAAGGGCUGUGUGAAAGAAGGAAGUGUGCGAAUGUAAGGACUGUGUGAAAGUAGGGAGUGUGCGAAUGUAAGUACGGUAUGAAAGUAGGGAGUGUGCGAAUGUAAGGGCUGUGUGAAAGAAGGAAGUGUGCGAAUGUAAGGACUGUGUGAAAGUAGGGAGUGUGCGAAUGUAAGGAAUAUGUGAAAGUAGGGGGUGUGCGAAUGUAUGGACAGUGUGAAAGUAGAGAGUGUGCAAAUGUAAGUACUGUGUAAAGGAAGGGAGUGCAUGGAUGUAAGGACAGUGUUAAAUUAGGAGUGUGGGAAUGUAAGGACAGUGUGAAAGAAGGGAGUGUAUGAAUGUAAGCGCUCUGUUAAAAUAGGGAGUGUGCAAAUGUAAGGACUAUAGGAAAAUAGGGAGUUUGUGGAUGUAAGGACUGUUAAAUGGGGAAAGUAGGGUGUGUGCGAAUGUAAGGAUCGUGUAAAAAAGGAGUGUAUAAAUGAAAGGGCUGUGUGAAGUUAGGCGUGUGGGAAUGUAAGGACUAUGAGGAAAGUAGGGAGUGUGCGAUUGUAAGGUUUAUGGGGAAAGUGUGCGAAUGUAAGGACUAUGGAAAUGCAGGGUGUGUGAAUGUAAGGACUAUGGGGAGAGUAAGGAGUGUCCGAAUGUAAGAACUGUGGGAAAAUAGGGAGAGUAUGAAUGCAAGCACUAUGUGAUUUUAGGAGUGCCUGGAAUCCGGUCGUGUGAGAAAGUCGGAAGUGUAUGAGAGUUUCAUCUUCACCGCUACAGAAGGUUGAUAUUUGUUAUUUUUUAUAAAUGUAGAAUGCACAUGUACGGAAUAGCAUGUAUGGGCAUCGUGGGCUGCUGAUGUGUCGAAAAAAGUCUGCAAAAACCCGGCUGGCGAAAAUGUAAAAUGGGUGAGAAAAGCCGUGAAAAUGUAUCCGGGGUGGCUUUAAAGGUAGUAAUGUGCAUACCUCUUGAUGAAAGACUUUUAAAAACUAGACCUGUGAUCGCUUGAAUUGAGCUUAGUUUGCUUAUCUUCAGUUGUUGCCAGCCUGUAUAUGCUGUAUAUGUCGCAUAACUGUGUACGUUCCAGCUCUGAUUAAGCAGCCAGCGCAUGCGCCGUGAAUGGCGCUUGUGUAGAAUAAUAGCCCAGCAGGAGGUGAUAAGCUCUGGUCUAACAUCCACUUCCAGACAUGCAUACUGUUGUUGAUCUGUGAAAAAUUAAUCAGCACUACAAUUUAAGCUGACCCUUACAUCAGACUUUCAGGGAUCAAAGCGUAAUAGAGUGCGUGUGAAUUUGGACAAAUAUUUAUUGUUAUGUACCAUGUAUAUUAUUUUAGCAUUCAAUUCGAAUUGCAUGCUUAACGCAAGAAAAUAGAAGCGUAUUUAAAAUGUGUAGUUAUAGAUUUUUGCCAGUCGAUACAUGUAGUUACAAUGGUUGUUUAUCAUAUGGCUCGAGUGUCCUUAGAUGGCCAGUUUGACAUCUAUUUGCAAAGAUUUUAUUUCUGUAUUUAUUUGAUAAGACUAUACACGAGAUUUAAUAACCUUUGACUUUUGUAACUGUUUAGAUAUUAAAUACAGCGUUCAUGUGAUUUUAAGCAAUAUGUUACGUGGUAGUAGGCCUAUGUACAUGUAUGCAUGUGGCAACGGAAGGCUUUCAGCUAUAACUAGCGUUGUCACGUCAUGCCUCUGGUUCCGGCUACCUCCGCCUUAUACGUGUCUAUUUAUACACUCUGCGAUUGAUCGGACCCCAGGGCAGGGAUGUAGACUAAGGUUUGCUCAUGGUCAGCCAUGCAUGCAUUGUGUCAAACCUUUCCCUGAACUUUUUUCACAGGUCAUGAUUAGAGUACUUUACAGCAUUUUGUUCAUUGAUGAUUGCUGUACUGUCCCGUGUGCUAUACCGUGAAACUGGGCUGUCCAGCGAAAGAGGCAAUAAAUAUAUAAACAACUUUCUCAGCUCAGUUUUAUUCAACUACUUGAAUAUACACGUGUACUUUAACUUGACUCACGUCACAUUACCCGUGUUUUAAAGAACGCAUGCGCUGUGCGCUGUUAUGACUUGCCAUUUCGGUUAGGUA